AUGGCGGGGCCGGUGGACUGUCACUGCCACCUGGCCGCGGCCUGCUUCCAGCCGGACGUGGCGGCCGUGGUGCGGGCGGCGGAGCAGGCGGCCGUGUCGGCGCUGGUGGUGGUGUCGGAGCAGGCGAGCGAGUUCCGGAGCGUCGUGGAGCUGUCCGAGAGAUUCCCAGGGUUUGUCUUGCCAUGCCUGGGAGUUCACCCCGUUCAAGAGAUUUCUCCAGGGGAGCAGCGCAGUGUUACUUUGAAGGAUCUGGAUGCUGCACUGCCUCUUAUAGAACAUUACAAAGACAAGUUGGUGGGGAUUGGAGAAGUUGGACUAGAUUUCACUCCCAGAUUUGCCAGCACUGAUGAACAGAAGGAAGGACAAAGACAGGUUUUGAUCAAGCAGAUUGAGCUGGCAAGAAGACUGGAUUUGCCGUUAAAUGUUCAUUCCCGCUCAGCUGGAAGACCAACCAUUAAUCUCUUGAAGGAACAAGGUGCUACCAAGGUGUUGCUCCAUGCCUUUGAUGGGAAGCCAUCUGUAGCCAUGGAAGGGGUGAGAGCUGGAUACUACUACUCCAUUCCUCCUUCCAUUGUAAGGAGUGAACAGAAGCAGAAGCUUGUGAAACAACUGCCACUGGAAAAUAUGUGCUUGGAAACUGAUUCUCCUGCUCUGGGGCCUGAAAAACAGGUGAGAAAUGAACCCAAAAACAUUUACAUUGCUGCUGAAUACAUUGCCAAAAUUAAAGGAAUUCCAGUUGGAGAAGUUAUAGAAGUGACUACACAGAAUGCACUAAAAGUAUUCCCUAAACUUCAGCACUUUAUCCGGAUAUAGAUUCAGAAACUGAAAUAUAUGAUGUUGCAGAAAGUAUUACUUGUGGUGUAACUAAUAAAACCAAUUAUUGUACA